AUGAGCGAGGGUGAUCUGAGCGCCCACGUCCCGGGCACCGCGACCGAGCUCGCGAGCGCGAUGCUGCCCUUCGUCGGGGCGAUCGCGAAGAGCGCGUUCGAAUUGGAGCUCGCGCUGGCGAAAUUUUCAAACGACAAGCCGAUGAGUGGAUUGGUCCGACGCGCGGGCGCGCGCGUGGGAUCGGUGGACGGCGAACGAUUGACGAAGAAGCAAAGACGAGAGAUGAAACCCGCGAGGGCGCCGACGGAGUUUAACAUCUUCAUGAAGGAAGAGACGGCGAAGAUGCGCGCGGCGAAUCCGGAGAUGAAACCGACGGACGUGUUCUCGCAGUGCGCGAAGAUGUGGCAGGAGGAGAAGAUUCGAAGACACGGCCCGAGUGGUAAGCCGGAGAUGUCCACGCCGCUCGCGAUGAAGGAUAAGCAUAAGAAGGAAAAGUCGCACAAGAAGGAUAAGAAGAAGGAUAAGUGA